AUGGCGCGACUCGGACUGUCAGACAGCAUGCGUUCGACUACAUCCAUCGAUGAGAUAGGUCAUCAGCACUCAGCAUCUCCCCCGCAGCCGCUUCGUCGACCUUGGACAGCAUCGAAAGCGAAAGUGAGGAAACUGGUUAACGAGCAGAAAUUCCGGAAGAAGACCUUAACCUUAUUGUUUCUUAAUCCAUUGCGACUUAUUGUCGGGGGCGUGUUGGCGAUUUUGGUUCAGAUCGGUGCCAGCAAAAUAUUUGGAGCUACUAUGCAAACCUGGGUUGGUAAUCAUGUAAGCAGUGACGCGCAGUUUGAACGAAUGGAUAAGAGCAUUGAUUUGCUGGGCGGUGAUACUUGGAGGCUUCAGACAACCGCCAAUCGAUUUCUACAGAGCUGCCAGGAAGUACGUUCAGCGGCGUCUUCGCAGUCAAAAGUGUUUCAGCUCACUUUUACAAGAAAUUUUGAUGACAAAGUGAAGACACAGAUUGCUGAGCACGAGGUCAUGAUGAAGGAAGUGAUACAGUACUACGGGCAACAGAAGCGGCAGGUUUUAGAAAGUAGGAAACAGCUUAUGAGGACGAUCAUGAUGAAAGACGUUGCUCUGUUUGCAGAAAUAGUACAGCAGCAAGAAGGAAGUAAUUAUCAGUCUUUUGACCGAUUUGAAGGUUAUGGUCAAGACACAAAAGCGGAUCAUUACAAAUCGUUUGCCUUUUACACGAUCAUUGCGUUGGCUUCGAUUAUUUAUAUGUGGGCUUCGCUAUCACAUAUGUACAAGUGUUAUAUCUUGAAGAACACGUGGACAUGGUUUCCGAUUUCGAAGGCCCUUGCUUGGCUUAAGACAUUGCUCGGCUCAGUCAUGGUCAUUAAAGAUCCACGACAAUCUUCCAGGUCGCAAAGUCAUGUCGCUUUAAAUGAUCCUAUUCUGUGA